AUGGAUAAAAAAGGGCCAGCACCUCUCUUCGACUCGGGUGAAAUCUGUCGGGGCUGUAGGGUGAUAAAAUGUGCCAAUCAGUACUCGAAGGAAUUUCUGGAGAAGAGCCUUGCUACGGUUAGCAACGCCUGGGAGGGGCUUUCGCAGAAGCUCAUCCCUGCCUCAGAAAUUCCCAGGCGACCACGAGCCAGAAUCUGGCUGCCGAAAAUGGAGCUGGACAGUUCGGAAAUUGUCCCGUGUCUCAAGCUUCAGAAUCCUGAGGUUCCUAUGGAUGACUGGUCUGUCAUCAAAGUAGAAGAACCUCAGCAGCAUAGCUCAGCCAUAUUACUGCUGAUUAACAACGAGUCACUGGAGGCUCUCGAAAAACAGCAGUUCAAACUUCGCUUUGGCCUCAGGUUGGCCAAAGUGAAGGUCUUCCCCGCCUCUGUCGCCCUGGACGAUGACCUGGAGAAAUUGGGGGAUGACACCAAGAAGUUGCUCGACGAUCUGCGGCUGUCUGGGACGGACGCAGAUUCCGAACUGGGGGAGCAGUCAUAA